UAGGCCAACGGGUAGACUUUUGCUCUUAAAAUGCUUAAGCUUUGGAUUCUUUCUUUUCCUUUCAGAAUGGAAACUGCUUCGGUCAGCCUUGGAGCGGCUGGAUUGGGUCAAGAAUUUGGCGAUUCCAAAGAGCGACACGACGUCAUAACUUUUGGCGGUGGACAGGACCACAGGAACACAAAUCGGGGUUAGGGAGCAUCAAAAAAGGGAUGAGACAUUCUCGAGUGUUCCCUGUUGGCACGUUUAGUGCGGUAAUGUGUGAACCGACAUCAUCAUCCUAACAAUCGCACGAUGUCCUUUCACUGUGAGUGCUGGUGUAAAGUGAGGUUCCGGUGGUAGUUUGUGUGUUAAGUGUUCAUUAUCUGGGAAACGGCAUAAUGAUGACAACUCGGGUGUCACUUCAACUACUGCCACUCCUUUCGUCCAGAGAAGUAGAGGACAGGAGGGUUCGCGAGAGGACUUAUUAUGACGCCAGUAUGACGUAUUGUUGGCAUUCAAUGUUUUAUAUGUCUUUUUAAUGAUUGGUUUAUAAUCUUUUGCGCAUGUUUUUCUUAGAAACUUACUUCCAUGUUUUCUCGUUCUAGUUUUUGCUGGAUUGCACAUCCGAAUGUGAAUGAUUUCCUUGUAGAAUAUUGGGUGCUAUUAAUUACUCUUAAUUUUUUAAUCCUUUUCUUUUAAUGUUUUUAACUAAUAUUUUGUCUUCUAUCAUGAAUUGAUGGCUAAUGGAUUUCGUAUUGUUAGCUUGCAUUUAUUGAUAGCUGGGUUUGACUUUCUUAUUAUUGAUUUAAAGUCUUUUGUUUUCCUUUUCCUUGUAUUUUUGUAAUGUUUUUUCUUUUAUAUUUCUAUAGAGACAUUUAAUGUUUACCUCUCUUUUGAAGAGCUUAAACCAAAAACGACUACUUCUCUCGUAUCUCAAUCAUUUAUUUAUUAUUUUUAUUUACUUUGUAAUUAAUGUUUAUUUUUCAGGUAUUUUUAUUUUAUUUCAUGUUUCAUGUUUUUUAUAUCUUUUUAAUUUGAGUUGUGAUAUUUACGUUCAUGGUUUUCAUGAAGAUUUUAUUAUUUUUUUAAGAAAUAUCACUAGCCUUUUUAUUGAUUUUUUUAACAACUUGUUAGAUCAUUUCAAUCAAUAAGAGAUACUAUUUUUCAUAUUACCCUCUCUUCAAAUUUUUCUUCUUCUUUCUUGGCUUAACGACAUCAUAGGUUAUGCCAGUCAUUUCUGGCUUACUAGACACUUAAUGAUCCCACGUAGUCGGAUAUUCAGUCUUUCUUUUGGGGGAACGGCCCAGAUGAUACUUGAACCCCGGUCCUACCGUGUGAAGAUCCGCACUGCUGUCACCUCUAACACCGGGCUGCCCGGGGCCCUAUACCUCUUCAAAUUCUCUCGCUUUAUUACAACACCGAUCAAAAUCAAUCGACGUGUUCAAAGGGAACUCCCAAAUGCAAUUCACUCUGCUCACGUUACCUGCAGAAAUCAUUGCUGGAAAAUGAGUUCUAUACGGUGCGCUGCAACGCUCUAGCGUGUUGCAACAUAACCGCCGAACAAAUGAGCGUGAGAUGCAACUGAACCGUACUGCAAUUGCACUGCAACAGCACUGAACGAAGGGUAUCUUUUGGCUUUCGGAAUAAAGUAGCCGUGAGAUUAGAGAGAGAGAGAGAGAGAGAGAGAGAGAGAGAGAGAGAGGAAUUAGAGGGGAUGGUCUUGAUUGUCGUGUGCUCGAACAAUUAUGUACCCACGGGUAGUGGCAUGCAUUUUUGAUUAGGCUUGCAGCGUGCAGCUUGCACCCCUUAAUCUCACGGAAGAGCGAUGUUGAGCUAAUGCAUUUCGAAUGUUUUCUUAUUUUGCUGCUAAAGAGAAGAUACAGUGGACAAGUGUUUAUGGCGCGAGGUUCAUUUACUACGAUUUUUACUGCUACAAACAUGUUAACAAUUGUUCGAAAUGGUGUUUGCUUGUGCCGAAUUGCUUCAUUUUAUUUCUUCUUACUGAUGUAUAUAUCAAUUAGCUCUUCUGUAUUGUAUGAUUCGUUUUUGUUUUUUAUUUGUCUAAUUUUAUUAUUAUUUAUUUGUGUUAUUUUAUAACGCUUUUCUGUUUUAUUUAGUUUGUUCUAGUGUUUUCUCAUAUUUAACACCCUUAUUUAUCUGUUUGGUUAUUUAUUUAAUUUUGUAAUUGUCUUAUCUUUUUCUACAUCUUUCUAUAAAAAUAAAUUCUUUCUAAAAAUUAAUCUUUCUAAAUAAAAAAAAAAUUAAUUUGCCAUGAAUAGUUCUGUCAGCGGCUAACUUUUUCAUUUAAAUUCGAAAAUUUCUCUCUUCCAAUAUUAUUACCGCAACAGCUCCCAUAGUGCCACAUCGGGGUUCUGUAUUAGUUGCAGAACUUCUUAAUUCACUGUCGUUUCACCUCGACUGCAAGGCAGUCGGGCAGUUUCUCGUCAUGGAUCUGUUGCGCACCUUUGCGAACGAAUCGUCCAUCCACGGGUUGGCCCACUUGGUGCGCAGCCAACACUGGCUCGAGAAAGCGUUCUGGCUCGCGAUGCUCGUCUUCUCGGUCGUGUGCUCGGUCAGCAUCUGCAACAUGCACUGGGAACGGUUUCAAAACAAUGCCACCGUACUGAACGUCGAGACGGACUAUCUGAGCUGGCAGUUUCGGCCACCGGCUGCUACCGUAUGUUCCGACCAUGUUAAUGAGGAAAAUCUGAACCAAUUGUUGCAAAGGCAUUGGAAUGUGGAUAGCAAUCACAGCAGUUACGAGCAUUAUAGACAGUUCUUGCUGACCGUUACUCGGGCAAGAUAUGAUAAUCUGAAGACGUUUGAGCCGUUCGUGAAUGACACUAGACUUGCCUCUGUUUCGGUGAUUGAUUUGGCUCGGGAAUUGAAGUCCCCGCUGACACCACCGUGGAAAACGUUUGCGCCCGUUCUGACGGAGGUCGGUGUUUGUUACUCCUCGACGAUGCUUUACGAUUUCCAGAGUCCCUACAGCAAUCGAUCGCAAGCUAAUUACACCAAGGUUCGUCCAGCGGAUUGCUACACACUGGACGUGUGUCGGACGAUGGUGGCGAUGAGUCACGUCGACUCGAUUCGAAACGAUGUGUACAUCCACAUCGAGCAGGACAUCAUGACGGCGGACAGCUCCAUCCACUACGUGCUAGGCCAGCACGACAUCAUCAGCUCGUCGCUGUCGGUCGAACAGGUGGUUGCCUCGAAAGCGCUCGUGCAAUUAUCACGCCGAAGACGCAAAUGUCGCCUGCCCUCGGAACGACUGCUCCACUUUAACGUUUACACAAUUAACUUGUGUCGUGUGAGCUGUCGCAUCGAUGCCGCCCUCGAGUUAUGUGGCUGUGUUCCGUUCUUCUACAACAUUGGGAAAACUUCUUGCCCACCGGCCGGGCUGCACUGUUUGGGGGUCCACUUUCGGACGUGGUACAAGACGAACUGCACGUGUCAGCCGCUCUGCGAGUCCGUCUCCUUCAAGCAGGUGUUGGUGAAAAAAACGGUGCUCGAGCAGGCAAAUAGUAAGCUGGAAACUCAAAUUAUCUACCCACGGAUGCGGAUGAAGCGUGACGUACUUUUCGACAUCAGCAACUUAAUCGUGUCCUUAGGUGGUGCAGCAGCGCUUUUCCUGGGCUGUAGCUUUAUUAGCUUCGUGGAAGUUAUAUUCUUCGUAUUGGAGUACGUAACGAAAAAGGUUUAUCGGCAUUACCACCGUGAACAUGGACCUGUACAGUCGUAAUGUGUCGAUUAAUGUCCGUGGCUAGCUGUCCUUUGGCGCUUCUUUUACAACCAGCAUAAUGCAGUGAACGGUAAAGUAGUAAAUUCCCUUCUGGGGAGACGAAGAAAAAUUUAUAUAAUAUGCUUGCUGUUU